UGCCUGUGAGAGAGAUUGUGCCUUUGUGUUUUAGGCUAGGAGGAUGCUGGAAUGAGUAUUUGUGUUAAUCCAUGAAUCAGGGACAUUGACCCAGCUCAGCCCAUGUGAUCCUUGUUAGAAACAUCUGGAGCUCCGUCUUUGUGUGAUUGCUGACAAUUCAUUUUAAUGGUCGCAAAUUUGCAGCCUGGAGCUGGAAGCCCAAUGAUUGCUGUGAUGCUGUGUCUGUUCUGCUGCUUUCAGGAUGCUACCAUGUUUCAUGUGAAUGUGACUACUGAUAACAGACUGGAAAUAUCCCUAGAACCAUCCGACAUCAUGGCCUCAGCAUCCGUAUAUGUGGUGAAAAUAACUGGGGAAUCUAAAAAUAAUUUCUUUCAGUUUGAGGAAUUUAACAGCACUUUGCCGACUCCCCUUAUUUUUAAUGCAACGUAUCACGGCCUGUAUUAUGUAGUUACACUAAUGGUAGUAAGUCCCAACUCGCCUGCUACUCCAGCAAAGUCAUUGACAGUAUUGACCAAACCCCUUCCAGUGAGCAACGUUUUUAUUUAUGAUUAUAAACCUUCUCCAGAAACAGGAGUUCUUUUUGAAGUACAAUAUCCAGAAAAAUUCAAUGUGUUCACAAGAGUAAAUAUAAGUUACUGGGAAGGGUCAAAUUUUCGUUCUAUGUUAUAUAAAGAUUUCUUUAAGGGAAAAACUGUUUUUAAUCACUGGCUCCCUGGCACUUGCUAUAGUAACGUAACAUUCCAGUUGGUGUCGGAGGUCUCAUUUAAUAAAAGCACAUUGGUGGAAUACAGCGGUGUUGGACAUAAACCCCGGCAGCACAGGACAGUUCCUUAUCCACCCAGAAAUAUUUCGAUACAAAUAAUCCUGAUAAAUGACAGCAAUGUGGAGGAGAUCAGUGGAAGUAAUUCAGGAGAAGUCUUGAUAAAACCGGAUUAUAGGACAGUAACUGAGAAUCUUGCAGAGACCAAUUCAUCUUACUGGAGCAGUUAUAAUGCUACAAAUAAUGAAACUAUAUCUCAGCCAUACUGGUGGGGAAACGAACCCAUACUGCCAGAUGGUGAAGGUUUUAUCAAUGAAAUCCCUUCAGAGUUUGAAAAUCCCACCACAAUAAGCCCCCUAGCUGCAAAUAGUCCAAUACGCGCUCAUUCACUGUCACAGUUCAAAGUCUCCAUAAACUGGCUUCCCCCGAAGGCUCCUUCGGCAUUCGAUGGCUUCACCAUUUAUAUCCACAGAGAAGGUAACUCCACAAACCUAUUUACAGUUGAUGAGAAUACUCAUGAAUUCGUAACGGAGCUGAAAGAACCAGGAAAAUACAAGUUAUCAAUGACAUCUUUUAGCUCCUCUGGUUCGUGUGAUGUUCGAGAAAGCAACAUUGCAAAAGCCCUCAGCUUUUAUAUCAGUCCAUCUGGGACAUGGUUUGAAGAGCUCACGGAGAAGCCAAAACGUGUGAGUGUAAAACUUCUGAACUCAACAGCUGCAGUUGUGUCUUGGACAUCAUCAAACACCAAUUCUAAGGAAAGCAUUGUAUCGGUCAUCUCGCAAACAUGCAACAAACCAAAGGAAAGUCAAAGACUUGAGAAACAUUAUUGCAAAGAGGUCAAUUCAAGCAGCAACAUCAUUGCAAACCUUGUUCCAGGAGCCCAGUACAAAAUUGUUGUUUACUUCCAAAGAGCACCUCUAAUUGGCCCUCCGUCAGACGCAGUCAUAUUUGCUAUCGAGCCAACUGGAGUAAAGGAUUUGGUGCUUUAUCCUCUGGGGCCAUCAGCCGUGGUUUUGAGUUGGACCAGGCCAUAUCACAGUGUAUUCAGGAAAUACAUUGUUGAAAUGUUUUAUUUUAAUCCAGUGAUUAUGACAGCCGAAUGGAGUCCUUACUAUGAAAUAGCAGCGACUGUUUCUGUGACGGCGUCUGUGAGAAUCCUGAAUUUAUUGCCGGCCUGGUAUUACAACUUUAGGGUAUUGAUGGUAACUUGGGGCGAACCGGUACGCAGGUGCUGUGACACGGCCACCGUUAGCUUCAUUACAGCACCAGUCGCCCCUGAAGUCAUUAGUGUGGAUUAUAUUAAUAGGCUACUUUAUGUUGCCUGGACAUACGGAGAUAACGCAAUCGAUCUUUCCCAUUCAAGAAUGUUACAUUGGCAAGUGGUGGCAGAAGGAAGGAAAAGAAUUAAAAAAAGUGUGAGCCGCAGCACAAUGACUGCAGUGAUUGAUUUACCACCAGGAGAUAUCUAUAACAUUACCAUAACUGCAUACACUGAGCGUAGCAGCAACAGCUCCAGGCCAUAUCUGGUUAAACUUGAUCCUGUGCCACCAAAGUCAUUGUUUGUGGUCAAUAAGACACAGACAUCGGUCACCUUGCUGUGGGUGGAAGACGGAGUCAUGGAUUAUUUUGAAGUUAUUUGUUGGUGUACAGACUCCAUGCAAAAAGCAGAUGAAAAUGAACCUGUCACCGUUGUCUCCCAUGUUGUGACGAUAUCUGGUCUUCAGCCAGGACGCCCCUAUAAUUGCAGUGUGACCACAAUCAGCCACCACGCUCCAAGCUCCCCCACUUACAUCUCCAUUUCGACUCUCGAUGUUGAAGUGAAUCCCAACGUGGUGGUGAUUUCAGUCCUGGCCAUACUUAGCAUCCUUCUCAUUGGACUUUUACUGAUAACGCUGCUUGUAUUACGUCGGAAACACCUACAAAUGGCAAGGGAAUGUGGUGCUGGAACAUUUGUGAAUUUUGCAACAUUGGAGAGAGAUGGUAAACUCCCCUACAACUGGCGUAGAAGCGUAUUUACUUUCCUAACCUUGCUACCUUCCUGUCUGUGGACUGACUAUCUUUUGGCUUUUUAUAUUAACCCAUGUGUUACCCGAAUCUUUUACCAGAGGGGUAGCAGUGUUUGCAUGGAGCAGCAUUGUCCCGUUAGGAAUAAAAAUGGAUUCAAGAAGCGGAAGUUGACCAAUCCUGUCCAAUUAGAUGACUUUGAAGGGUACAUCAAGGAUAUGGCUAAGGACACAGACUACAAAUUCUCUCUCCAGUUUGAGGAGCUGAAAAUGAUCGGUCUGGAUAUCCUGCAUGUUGCUGCCGACCUCCCAGCUAACAAAUGUAAAAACCGCUAUACCAAUAUCUUGCCAUAUGACUUCAGUCGGGUCAAACUGCUAACAACCUGCGCAGAGAAUGGUGCUGACUACAUCAACGCUAACUAUAUCCCGGGCUACAACACUUUACACGAGUAUAUUGCUACCCAGGGGCCAUUGCCUGAGACCAGGAAUGACUUCUGGAAGAUGCUACUUCAGCAGAAAUCGCAGGUGGUCGUAAUGUUGACUCAGUGUAACGAGAAGAGGAGGAUUAAAUGUGAUCAUUACUGGCCGUUCACUGCCGAACCAGUGAGCUAUGGUGACAUUACGGUGGAGAUGUUGUCAGAGGACGAGCAGUCAGAUUGGGCCUAUAGAGUAUUUAGGAUCUCAUUUGCAGAUGAAACUCAGUGUGUCAAGCAUUUCAACUUCACAGCAUGGCCUGAUCACGGGGUACCGAGCUCUGCUGCUGCCGAUAGCCUCCUGCAGUUUGUACAGAUGGUUCGGCACAAAGCAGCCAAGACCAAAUGUCCAAUCACAGUCCAUUGCAGUGCGGGGGUUGGUCGUACAGGAACCUUUAUUGCAUUGGAUCGAUUGAUGCAGCACAUUCGUGAUCAUGAGUUUGUGGAUGUUUUAGGACUCGUGGCCGAACUGCGUUCUUAUCGGAUGUCCAUGGUCCAGACUGAAGAACAGUUUAUCUUUAUUCACCAUUGUGUGGGUCUAAUGUGGAAAAAGAAGAAGCAACAAUUUUCUAUCAGUGACGUCAUCUAUGAAAAUGUCAGCAAGUCCUAAAUCAUGUUUCACUUUAUAAGGAAAAUGGACAAUCAUCUUCCUUCACUUCAGAUUUUUUUCCGAAUGGCUAAAUAUUGACCAGCAAUGGCCAAUGUGGACGUAUCGGGAAGACCAAGCCUUAAACCUUCUCCUGUGUCUUGUGGACAGUUUCUGUUACAAACUUUUUAUGUUGUUUUUAAGUAAUGGACCAAAAGAAAGGAACAAUAAAUUAAAGACAAAAAUACAUUGUACCAGACACUCGUUAUGAUUUGAAGUGCGUUGUGCACGUUCGAUUUAGAGUUGCUUGUUUCACAGUCCUGCUGUCCUGUUAUAAGAAAUGUGAAUCGAGCAUUGUUAGUGUCCAAUAAAUAUAUGUUGACGGAUGGAGUCCUAGUCUAGAUAGAACCAAUGCUCCGCUCACUGCCAUAUUAACCGCACAUAUUGCCUUUCUACCAAAGAGGAAAGGAAAAAGAUGUCCUAUCUUGUGCAACCUGUCUGACUGCUCUGGAAUGCUGUAUAUUUUUAAGUUAAAUGGGUUGACGUAAGUCUCUGUGGAAUUUUCAGCUCACACUUUUAGAAGGACUUUACAGGAGAUAUUGUGAAGCUUCAGGUUGACAAUCCCUCUGCUUAGUCAACCAUCCAGUGUAUGUCAAAUGAUCGGCAGCCAAUGGCAGAGCGUUCACUGUUUAAUCCCAGUACUCACAGUGAUUUAUCUUCAAAGCACUAAAAUAUAUAAUAAAAAGAGAGAGAGAGACUGACUGUACAUUAAGAAGAUGGUACCCAAAGAUGAACUGUUAAGGGAAUGCCUGACACAACAGAAGAUUUAGAAAAGGAGAAAGUUCCAUGGAAAAACAAACCUCUCCAUGGGGUAUACCACUGGCAGAUAGUGGAUGUGGCCCACAAGAUAAAAUCCUACCAGUUGCUGGAAAAAGCAGAACUGAAAGACCGCACUGAGGCACUAAUCCUAACAGCACAGGAACAGGCACUCUGCAACAGAUCAAUAGAAGCGGGAGUCAACCACACUAGGCAAGACCCAAGGUGCAAAGAGGCCCCUGCAACAAUCCAGCACUCAGGAGCUGUUCACAAGAUGUUAGCAGGAAAAGCAUGCACUGAAAAGCACAACCAACCAAGUGACUGGGAUUGUGUACCAAAUCAUCUGCACAGAUUAUGGGCUGAACCUGCCUAAUUCCAGAUGGGAGAUACGACAAAGAGUAGUUGAGAUCCACACAGACAAGCAAGAACUAAACAACCAACCUGAUAUUGUGGUGGUGGAUGUAGCAAUACCCAGUUACUAUAACAUUAGGAAGAAGGAACAUAAAAAGAUGGACAAAUACCAAGGACUGAAAGAAGAGCUAGAAAGGAUGUGGAAAGUGAAGGCAGUGUAGUCCCAAAUGUGAUAGGAGCACUCGGCGCUGUGACCCCCAAGUUGGAGGAGUUUCUUCAACAGAUUUCAGGUGGGAUAUCUGAGAUUGCUGUCCAAAAGAUACUGCACAGAACCCUCAGACUCUCAGGUGUCUGAUAGAGAACCCAAGAAUUAGGAAUAAAUAUACCACCCAGAGGGGUGAGAAAAUCAAUUGCAUUAUAAAUAAUAUAUAUUAUAUUGUAGUGCUUUUAAGAGAAAUCACUUGUGAAAAAUUUAGUUUCAGACAGUUUGUCCGUAUCAAGUUAUUUUUAUGCCACAGCUGGAUGAAUCGAUCCGCCCGGGAUUUACCUGUGGAGUCUUAUUCAAUAAAUAACAGGUAAACUGCAGGCAAAUUGAUCCAUUCUGAUAUGGAUUAAAAGGAAUAUGAAUCAGACAAAGUAGCUCAAAAUUGAUAUAUUUAUCCAAUGUUUAGGUAUUUUCUUGUCAAUCCCCUGUUAUUGGGUGUAGGUACUAUUUGAUGCUGAGCAUGAAAAGAUUGUGCCAUUCAGGGGAGCCAGAACACUGUAUAAAACAGUGAAAC